AAUUUUUAAUGUUUAACCAAUUUCUGAAUUAUAUUCGAAAAGUCGAUCAAUUUGGGGUUGUCUUCUAACCUAAAAUAAAAUACUGUACAAAUGAGUACAAAACAACUGUUGGUGGGAUAAUGUCAAUUAUUCUUUAUGGAUUGAGUUUAGGAUAUUUAAUUUAUAGCUUUGUUUAGUAUGGACAAGGGUCUAUUCUUCCAAAAAUUACUACAAUUUAAGCCAAAGCAGACCAAUAGAGCAUAUCUUUUGAGAAUGAAAUAAUGUCAUUUAAGCUCAGGCCUGGAUAAGAUAAUUAAAUAAAUCCAUUUGAUCCAACGGCUCUAAUUCUUGUACCCCUUGUGCUUCCAUUUUUGAAUAGUGAAAUACCAGACAGUUAAUAUUUAAACUCAGAAUAAAUCUAAUUUUAGGGAAAUACUAUCUCUGUGAAGAAUUUGAAAUUAUAUUAUGGUAAUCCUUAAGAAGAUGAAAUGGAACAAAUUAUUGCAUUUGUAGGAUGUAAAUAAGAAUAGAUACCACCACCUUUUGUUUGUGCAAAUGAUACUCUUAAGAAUAAAUUCUUUACUUAAUCUAGUAAUGCUAUGAUAGCAACGACUUAAGUAAAUUAAUUCAAUACAGAUAAAAGAAGUUUGGAGUAAGUAGGUAAAGAGUAGGUUUUGGCAAUUGUAGAUGAUUCAACAUAUUUUUAAACAACAAAUUUAAAUAUUUAAGAAUCAUCUGUUGAUACCGGAUUUUUAUUGGAAUCAACUUAAUAAUUUGUUUAUGCAACAGAUUAUUAUUUAACCAGUUAAUAAAUUAAUUAAUAGUAUUUUAGAAAUACAUUUUACUAUGACGCAUACUUGGUAUUUUAAUUGAGAAUAGGUAAAUUGAAAUAUUAUUAGACUAUUUAAUAUCCUAAAAUUAGUGAAAUUUUAGCUGAUGCAGGCUCUAUUGCAUCUACUAUAUUAUUAUUAUCCUAUUUUGUAAUCCUUUGUAAUUAAACACUUUUAGAGAGCCAAUCUUUGGAUGAUAUUAUUUCAAUCUAUUAUCCUUCAUAUAAGGAACUUUAAAUUAAAAAGACUUUUUAUGGUUAAAUUCAAGAAGUGAUUUAUAAGGGAAAAAAAUAAGAUUUAGAAUAAUUUAAGUUAUAUCACAAAGAAUUAAAAGAUAAAGCUGAAAAGAAAUUAACUAUAUUAAAUUAGGUAUAUGAGAUAUCAAGAUUAUAAUUUUUGGUUUAAAACAUAUUGAAAUCUAAGGAAUAAUUUAGACUGAGUCAUAAAAUUGGAAUUAAAUUAAAGUAAUUUGAUAUAUCAAAAUAAAUUAAUGAAGAAAAUUUAAAUGGAAAUUAGAUUGUAAUUUAUACAUUAUAUAUCAGAUACCUCAAUCAAAUUUGAAUAAUUCAGUUUCGAAAUUAGUUAUUAUAGAUAGUCAGAGUGAUUCAUUAUAAAAUCUUCAGGUAUAUAAAAUAAUAAAAUUAUAAAGAAACAAUAAUAGCAGAAUACGAUUGAGGAAUCUAAUGAUGAAAAUUAAUUAAAUGAUGAGGAUUUUGAAAUUCUAAUUUAACCAUAAGAAUUGGAAGAAUGA